UCCAGGCGGAAGCGGUCCCCCCGGCACAGCUCCGGCCCCGGGCAGCGAUGGACGUGGACGCUGAUGGUCGCCGGGCUACACCGAGCCCCCGCUGCCUGCUCGUCUCUCUGCUGCUCUAAUAUGUUGCUGCGGUUGCCGCGGGCCUGAGUUGUGGCACAAUGUUUGGGUUCAAGUCGAGCAACUUCACCACCUUAAUCGUGGGCUUGUUCGUUGCCUACGUGUUGCACACAUGUUGGGUGAUGUACGGCAUCGUUUACACCAAGCCCUGUGUCAGCCCCAAGACCCACAACUGCAUCAAACCCUAUCUAGCCGGCAACCCGAGAAUCCAGCUGAGCAUUUAUACUUCAACAAAAAGCAGUGUUACCGAUGGGGCCAAUCUAAACCUUAUGCUUACUAUCGACCACUUUGACGUCAACUUUAAAUUUGAGAGGGAUGUCAAUGUUUCAUUACCAAAGAAAACCCGUAGUAAUGGGACACUGUAUACUCAUAUGUUUCUCCACCAUGUUGGUAUGCUACCUUGGCAUGACAGCAAACACGUGUAUGCCAUUGGACACCUUACAACAUACAUGAUUCCUAAGCCUGAGGAAAUUAACUUAAUUACAGGAGAGACCAGCAGCCAAGAAGCAGUGACUGAAACUAAAGGUCCUGAGCAGCCUGUAGCACACUGGAGAUCUCGACUCACCAUCAAUAUCAUGGCAGACAACUUCACUUUUGAUGGCUCAGCACUUCCUGCAGAUGUGCACAGAUAUUUAAAACUGAUGCAGCAUGAAAAGACUGUGCAGUACCUUCCUAUACUGUUUGUUGACGAGCUAAGCAAUCGAGUGAGAGAUUUAAAAAUUAUAAAUGGCACAUCAGGGACAUUACCUCUUACUAUCUGCUAUGAUGCUAUAUCACUCGGAAAGCUGCGGUUUUGGACACACAUGCAAGAGGCUGUCUAUUCAUUGCAACAGUUUGGUUUCACUGAAAAAGAUGUAGAUGAAGUAAAAGGGAUCUUUGUGGAUACUAAUCUCUACUUCUUAGCUUUAACAUUCUUUGUUGCAGCAUUCCAUCUCCUAUUUGAUUUCUUGGCUUUUAAAAAUGAUAUUACCUUUUGGAGGCGAAAGAAAAACAUGGUUGGCAUGUCAACAAAAGCAGUGCUUUGGCGAUGCUUUAGUACUCUAGUGGUAUUUCUUUUCCUUUUGGAUGAAAAGACCAGUUUAUUAGUACUAAUUCCAGCUGGAGUAGGUGCUAUCAUUGAGGUCUGGAAAGUUAAGAAAGCCUUAAAAAUCACUGUGAAGUGUCAUGGUUUAAAGCCAGUAUUUCAGUUUGGAACAUUUGAUGAGUCUGAAAAAAAGACUGAAGAAUAUGAUACUCAGGCAAUGAAAUAUUUGUCGUACAUACUUUAUCCACUUUGUUUUGGUGGAGCUGUAUAUUCCUUAUUAAAUAUGAAGUACAAAAGCUGGUAUUCAUGGUUGAUCAACAGUUUAGUUAAUGGUGUCUAUGCUUUUGGAUUCCUGUUUAUGCUGCCUCAACUAUUUGUUAAUUAUAAGUUGAAGUCUGUGGCACACUUACCAUGGAAGGCUUUUACGUAUAAAGCAUUCAACACCUUUAUAGAUGAUGUAUUUGCCUUCAUCAUCACCAUGCCAACAUCACAUAGACUAGCUUGCUUCAGAGAUGACGUGGUGUUCCUUGUUUACCUGUAUCAGAGAUGGCUUUACCCAGUGGAUAAAACAAGAAUAAAUGAGUUUGGUGAAUCAUAUGAUGAAAAAGACACAAAGAAAAAGCUGCAUAAGGAAUGACUUCAGACUGAACUUACUCUGCAAUUAGUGUCUGUUCUGUUGCAAGCAAUCUUUAUGCGCUGCUGCCUGCAGCACAGUGACUUAAUUGACCUUUCCUACUGUGACUGCAGUAUCUCCAGCAGUGCCAAUCUCCUUGGAUUUAUAAUUCCAGGUCAUACUUCUGAGUUAAACAGUAUUACACGUACAAAGAUAGAAAUUAUAAACAAUAAAGUUGCUGUUUGACAGCACAGUU